AUGGCAAAUCCUAUGAACCGAAGACGAUGUCAUCCUAGUAAUCGUCGAACAAAACCAGUAACUACAAUAGCUGACGCAGAAAAUCCUGUAUCAGCAUCCCAAGAAAUUUUUGAUCAAUGUGAAAAAUUAAAACAAAAAAUUCUCUCAUCACCAAAUGGUAAAAUAGAAAUAUGGACAUAUCGACAAGAACUACUUGAUCAAUAUGAACAAUUAAUUCUGUGCGAUCUUGAUUAUGCAAUCGAAAAAAAAAUCGAACAUGAUCUAUGGACAAUUAUUUUCAAAAACGAAAUCAGCUAUAAACAAGAACAAUUAAAAGAGAAUAGUCAAAAUCCAAUGAAACGAGCAGAAAUUCAGACUAGUUUACAGAAUUUCUACGAAUAUGCAAGCGGUUAUUAUAUGAAAUUAUUACAAGAUGUUGUUCAUUCGUAUAAUUUUGAAAAUUCUAUUUGUAAAUUAACUUUUCCAUUGUUACAAAAACGAAAUCAGUAUUCAACUCAGAAUCGUUCCUGUAAAGAAGCUUCAAUGCUAUAUUUUAUUCAACAUAUUCUCGUUCAUGUCGGUGACUUAAAUCGCUAUUCAAAUCAUAUUGAUCUAGCUAAAACAUUCUAUCAAUAUGCUAUACAUACAAUUCCCUGUUUAGGUCAACCCUAUAAUCAAAUAGCUAUAUUACAUGAAAUGAAAAAUCCUUCGUCGUUGUUAACGCCAGGACAAAAUCAAUUGAUCACAGCCUAUUAUUACAUUCGUAGUAUCGCAAUAAAAGUUACAUUUCCAUUAGCAAUAUCAAAUUUAGAGAAGCUAUUUCAACGCCUAAAAGACAUACCGAUAACACGCUAUGAACAACAACAAAAUGAUUUUUUAACAUUAUUUUUACAAAUAAUAGCGAUGAUAAAUUUGGAAGCUAAUCUUGAUGAUAUUCAAUCGUUUAUUAAUUUAUUUCGGACGAUAAUAAUAAAAAAUUUCAAUCAAUUAAAUUUCAUUCAAAUGAUAACUAUCAUUAUGUUUACGUUACAUCGUACAUUAGAUUUACUGCCGCGAUCAUCAUCAUCGAAAAAACCUGAAUUACAAUUCGAUAUUACUCUACAGCUAUUUAUUAUGAUUAUUGAACAAUGCCUCGAAGCAAUGCAAUUACCAUUAUCAAUGAUGAUCAUCGAUGAACAACAUAUUUUACCUAUACUCUAUCUUUCGUUUGCUUAUCUAUCGAAUAUACAAAAAUUCAAAACGGAACUAUUCGAACAUCAUGUUUUCAAACAAAAACCAUCAAUGUGGCAUUCAUUAGCAAAACUGUUACGAUCAUUUGGAGUUUACGCAUCAAGUCUUGAUGUUUCUAAAGGAAAGAAUGAAACGAGUGGAUCGUUAUUUUUUAAAUAUAGUGAUUAUCCUCUCGUUGAAGAACGUGCGUUAGAAUGUUAUACGCCAUUAAAUGAUAUCAUAAAAUCAUAUAGUUUUAAAAAAUAUGGUGAGGACGAUGACGAAACAAUAAAUGAACAUGUGAGCGAAAAAGAUGUUAGACAACUGCGCAAGUUACGUUUGGUUUCAAUCGUACGAAACCUUUGUCAAAAAAACGAUGAUAAAACAAAGAAGAAAAUUUUCGAUCAUCUAAUAACUUAUGCUAAAGAUGAAAUUGUUUGUUUCGAAUCUUCAUCACCGUUGAUACAGCAAAUUCCUUCGUCAAAUUUUGGUGUACCGGGGGAUCGACGUAUUACACAGAAACCAACUACCGACGAACAAAAACCCUACAAUCCAAGUGGUGCUAAUGUUAAAACACCGCGUGGCGCUAGAAAUGUUGCAUUGAGACAAUUUCUCGAACCAGCUCUGGCCGCAUGUGAAUCUGCAUCAACUACUCGUUCUCUUAAUCAAAAGAAUACAUCGAAUGAAACAAGUUCAUUUCCACCACCACCACCAGCACCUCCUCCUCCUCUAACUGAACCGUUUAUUGGCGAUUCAGAUGCUUGGCCACGUUUACCCUCUUCAUGCGAUUCAAAAGAUCUUUUUCAACAGCAAUCAUUUGAUUAUGAAUCACGUCCUGAUUCAGUAUGGAGUAAUACUGAUGAUUCGAAAGAUCAAUAUGCUUUUCAAUCACAAACGUUGGCAACACCUGCUCAACAAAUACUUGCACCGGGUUUAAUGUUUUCGCAACCACUAUCAAAGCAUAAUCCUAAACAAUAG